CUGAAUUCCAGUCAAGGUUUCUUCUGACGUACCACAUUAUCCCCCUGUUAAUGCGACAUUGAUCUUCCCAGUGAUUCCUGGCGCUCUCUGAUCAUAACUGCUUAGUUCGACGGUGUCGUCGGCCCUGCGUAACUUCACGACCAAUGAGGUGCGCGGAGAAGACUAGAACCCCCACAGUGUAUCCUCGCGUCGACACCAGUGCCAUGGAGUGCCAAGUUUGCUUCGAGAAGUUCAACGCAGUGGAACGUCGUCCGAAGGUUCUUCCAUGCGGGCACACCUACUGCUUGCAGUGCCUGAAGGAACUGCCCCGUCAAAGAUGUCCGACGGACAGGAAGAUUUUUACGGAGCUCCCUGUGAACUUAGUGGACAACUUUCAAAUUUUAAAUGUCUCUGAAAGUGUGCAACCAACACUGUGGUGCUGCUCCUGCCAGAAGGAAGCCACGAGCAAGGAGUGUCUGGACUGGCACUCCCUGUGCAGCAUGAAGAAGGCGCUCACGGACAAGGCGUCUCCGCUGCUUGAUUCUCUCCAGACUGCUCUGGAGGAAGCGUCACUCCGCGUGGAGGCCGCGGCCAAGGUGCGUGAGCUGGUACUGCAGCACAGCUCCCGUGUUGAGCAGGCGCACGACAAGCUCCUCAAAGCUCAAGCCACGUUGCAGAGUGCCCUUAAGACUGAGCAGGGAGACCUGGCCAAGGCGGUGACUGGCGUCGAGCAGGCCCUUGCAGAAUCGGCGGCAGUCAAAGCCCGACCAUCUGCCAAGGACGGCGACAUUGGCACCUUGAGAGUGGACUUCACGCAGAGCAACGAGGCAUGGAGUGCGGGCCUCAUCUUCAAGGAUGCCAUGGCGGACCAAUUUUUUCAAGGCCUUGACAUGCUGACGGAAGGUCAGCUCACCUGGCAGAAGUCUAACCCUUCAUUGCUUUCCUUCACACCCCCGACGGCGCCUGGCUCCUCUUCCAAGAAGAGCAAGACAGCCACUAAUUCUCACGGAUCUAAUUUCGCCGCGGCCACUGCGUCCGCGUUGGGUUCAGCUCCUGUAGGCCUAUCAUCAUUCGGUUCAAGCUCAAGUGGACUGUAUGGUGCUCCUUCGUCCGCAGCGGGUUCACUCUUUAGCGGCUCUUUAACAUCAUUUGGUUCAAGUUCAACCGGGCAAUUUGGUGCUCCCUCGUCCGCAGUGGGUUCAGUACUUACCACCUCUUUACCAUCACUAGGUUCAAAUUCGACUGGACUAUUUGGUGCUCCUUCGCCCGCAGCGUGUUCACUCUUCAGCGGCUCUUUAACAUCAUUUGGUUCAAGUUCAAAUGGGCAAUUUGGUGCUCCCUCGUCCGCAGUAGGUUCAGUACUUACCACCGCCUUACCAUCCUUUGGUUCAAAUUCGACUGGAGUAUUUGGUGCUUCUUCCGCAUCGGGUGCAGCACUUACCACCGUACCAUUAAUUGGUUCAAGUUCAAGUGGACUAUUUGGUGCCCCUUCGCCCGCAGUGGGUUCACUGCUUACUGCCUCCAUUCCAUCAUUUGGUUCAAGUACGACCGGACAGUUUGGUGCUCCUUCGUCCGCAGUGGGUUCAGUACUCACCUCCUCCGCGCCAUCAUUUGUUUCAAGUUCACCAGGACAAUUUGAUGCUUCUUUGCCUCAGAUUUUUUUCACCAAUCGAUAGGUCAGAAGGGUCCUUUCUAUGUCGGUGCGAGAACUACUGCUGCUGACACACCACUGAUCAUCCGAUCGUCCACAGCCCUACUGCCAGGCUGCCUGCAGUUACUCUUGCAUCGUCAAAACCUACGUACCGUGAACUGUCGGAACUUCUGUGAAAUCAGCGACCACUUCGUGAACUGGGCGCUGAUAACUCCGGCACCAACUGAACUUGUUCGGACUUCGCUGCUUCUCGUCGUCUUCAAGUCACUCUUCAGUUUGGAAUGACUCCUACACCAUCAUGUCUGACACUUUGGUUUUUCUUUUUCUUUCUUUUUUCAGUUUAUUUUCUUUGUAGAGCGGUAUAUUUUAAUUUACCCUUUCUUUAAUUGCGCUUGCCAUUAUUGUCAUGGAAACUAUCAAUAAAGCUUUUCGUAUUUGUAUCGUA